AUGGCACGCUGCCCCAUCAUGGAACGCUGCCCCGCCAUGGCCCUGCUCCUUUCCCUGCUCUUGUUCAUGGUUCAAGGCUUGCUCCGAGUAGAAGAUCUCCUUAUCACUGAACAAUGUAGGAUCAUGGGAAUCACCCUCAUUGGCAAAGGGAAAGGAGCAGAACUUAAUUUUACUGAUGCCAGUGAUGCCUGCAGCGUGUUGGGUCUCCAGUUGGCCAGUAAAACUCAAGUGACCAUUGCCAGGGACUUUGGAUUUGAGACAUGCAGUUUCGGGUGGGUCUCUGACAAGUACGUGGUCAUCUCCCGCAUUCUCCCCAAUCCAAAGUGCGGUCAAAACAAAAUAGGUGUUCUAGAAUGGAAAGUGCCCCUCUACAAGAAGCAGUAUGCGUACUGUUACAACUCUUCAGAUAUAUGGCUUAAUUCAUGCUUCCCUGAUGCUGUUACUACCGAAGAAGACAUAACCAUCCCACCAACUGUACUGGACACAACUGAAACUGGACACAAUGUCAGUGACACAGCUGAUACAACAACCACCUCUCCAGCCCCACCGCCUAACCCAGUAAAGCCACGAUGGAACAAAAAGUUAAUUUGUGUGACAGAACUAUUUUUGGAAACAAGCACUGUGGAAACAAGUACCAUGCCAGAGGACGUUGAGCCAACUUUUGAAAGUCAAGCUGCAUUUAAGAAUGACGGAGUUACAUUUGGAGGAGUACCCACCACACUCUUGGUUCUUGCCCUGAUUUUCUUCAUUGCUGCCGUUGUACUGGCUGUCUGCUAUGUCAAAAGGUACAUGAGCUCCUUCCCAUUUACGAACAAGAAUCAGAAAGAAAUCACUGAAGCCAAAGGGGCAAAAGCAACAAAGGCAGGGGAUAAAACUCCUAAGGAAGAACCAAAGAAAAGUGAGAAAAAAGCAGAAGAGACCAAGAUGACACCCAAGAUGACACCCAAAAUGACAGUCAAAUACAUGGAAGCUGAGGUUUAGGUGGGUUAGGAUGGCAGAGGACACACCUCUGUACCAGGGACCAAAGGCUGUGGACACCUUCUUGCCUCAAAAGGCCCCUGUAUUCUCCACUAGAAGAAACUGCCAAGCCCAAGAGAUCAAGCAGGAAAGCCCACAAUCAUUCCCUAACCAGAGGACUCAUCCAGAUGACCUACCUAUUCCUUAUUGCCAUUUUCCUAUGCCUGGGCCCUGGGUCCUAUCACCCAAAGUCUCCAUAGUGACCACAGCCUAGAUCCAAAGUCUCUAUUUCCUAAUAAAAUCCAGG